AUGGUAGAUCAAGCGUUAAAACUUGCAUGGAGAAAACAUCAUUUCAUUGUGGCAACUCCUGGACGUUUAGUUGAUCAUUUAAAACAAUCAGUAAAUUUUGCUACACAACAAUUAUCAAAUAUUCGUCAUUUAGUAUUAGAUGAAGCUGACAGAAUGUUAAAUAUGGCUUUCGCUGAUGAUAUUGACAAAAUAUUAAAUUUAUAUGAAAAACCAAAAUCAAAAGGAAAGAAACGUAAACGAAAGACAAAACCACUGUUAGUUCAAUUAGCCGAUAAUAAUAAUAAUAAUACUAAUGAUAUGACUAACAAUGACAUUCAGUCAAAUAACAAACAGAUUCAGUCAAUUUCAACCAAAUAUCCUCAUCCACAAAUUUAUUUAUAUUCGGCUACAAUGACAAAAGAUGUUAUCAAACUACGUCGUGCUGCAUUAUCAUCAAAUGCUGUAUUUAUCAAUGAGAAUGAUAAUACCCUUAAUAAUAAUAAUAAUAAUAAUCUAAUGAUGGAUAAUCAGAGUACAACAGAAUAUAAUCUUAUACAACACUCUAAUUCAUCAUUGAAAUUAAAUAAAAAUUUAAAAACUGGUUUCCCUAUUGGUUUAUCUCAUUAUUGUCUUCCUAUACGAUUGGCUGAUCGUCCUACAAUAUUAAAUUGGAUUGUAGAAAAUGUGAUACAAACAAAUGUAUUAGAGAAAUUUGGCAUUACUAGUUCUACACCAAGUCGUAAACAUCAUAUCAUGAUAUUUUGUAAAAGAUGUCAUGAAACUAUAAUGGUUUCAGAAUUUCUUCGUGAAUCUGGUCAUUCCAGUGUGGCAUUAACAGGACGUAUGAAACAAAUUGAACGUAAAGAAUCAUUACAUAAAUUCAUUUCAAAUGAAGUAGAAGUUUUAGUUGCAACUGAUGUUGCUAGUCGGGGACUGGAUAUUCCUCAUGUUGAAUUUGUUAUCAAUUAUAAUGUACCUUUAUCGGAAAAGACCUAUCGACAUCGUGUUGGUAGAACUGCACGAGCUGGACAAACUGGUGUGGCGUUAACCCUAGUAACACGUGAUGUAGCUCAAAGUUUUUUAGAAUUAGAAGCUGCUUUACUACCUUAUCUUCCAUUAUCAAAUACCAAUAAUAAUAAUUCACCGGGAAUACCUCGUUGGCCAAUUCCACUACCGGAUUUACAUGGUCGGAAUGGACUGAUAACUCGUCGUCGUCUAGCAGAUCAAGCUUGGUCGAGAGCUUCAAAGACUAUUCGAUCCCAGCUUGAAAGUCAUCGUAAUGUAGACAAUAACGUAAUUGAUUUCGAUCCAAUAAUGAAUGAAGAAUUAAUUGAGGCUUAUGCUAAUUCUGAUGAAGAUGAGGAUAGUAAUAUCUCUAGUUCAUCAUUGUCAAAUGAUGAGUUAAAUAUCAAUGAAAUAUCAACAAUAUCAAAUAAACACUAUCCUAUUAUCCCAUUAGAUACAUCCGGUCAAGCUGGUAUUAAUGCUGCACGUAAAACAUGGAAAUCUUUAGCUAAAAUACAUCAACUUCAACAAAAAGCAAAAGCAGAAUCAGCAGAACAACAACGUUUAAUUAAAUCUAUUGGUUGGGGUGUUACUUUAACACAAAACGCACUGAAUCAUAAUAAUAAUGGAUCCGAUGAUAAUGACAUAAUGGAUCGUUUCAAUAAUGAAGAUAUCAAUGAUGAUGAUGGUGAUGAACAAGAGAUAACUCAUUUUGACCAACCAAUUAAAACAAAAUAUGCUAAAAUUCAAUCGUUGAAAAAAGUGAAUAAAUUGAAUUCCAAUAAAAUCAAAUGAUGAUAAGGUAACAAUUUUCAUUUGAUUUCUUCAACACUUAUGCCUGUAUAUACAUUUGCCAGUAUUGUUCUCUUGUUUCAAUAAACUGAUUAUUCUGUAUAAAUAAGUCAUUAUGUUUCUGUUUAGCUUUGAUUUUAUAUAGGUGUAUUGUGUAUUUGGUUAAUAGUGGAGUUUUUAGAAUAUGUGUUUCGUCCCGUUUUGGAGGAUUCGUCAGUUCUCAGUUCUUAUUUGAAUAAAUAGUUAUUGGUAUAAAGGGGCACCGAAUACAUACGCGCCAUACAAGUCACUUGGUUUGUGUGUUGUAGGCUGUGAUACUGCUUGUGUGCCCAAACCGAAACAGAUGGCUUUCUUAGAGGGCUGCGCCCUGAGCCUU